AUGGAUUCGUCAUCAGCUGGCACGAAUGGCCUUGCAGGGGGUGGUGCUGCCAGCGCGUUGGCUGGUGUAAAAAAACGGACGAAAGUCGUUUUUCUCAACCCUGUUGAAAUCGCAAAUUGGGACCAAAUCAAAGAAAACUCCAAACAAAAUGUGAUCGAUCAGAACGACUUGAUAAAUUAUGAGAAAAUGCUAAAGGAUGAUGAUAGUACCUCAGUAACCGCAAAUAAUUCUGAGGCACGAAGACAAAGUAAAAGACGUGGACGUCCAAAGGGUAGUAGAAAUGGAGCCCGAAAACGUCCAAUUGACCCAAGCCAGCCGUGGCUAGAGUCAAGUGAUUCAGAUGAGCCUAAUGUAGGCCUUGAAGAUGAAUUGGAUGAUGAUGAAUAUUUUAGAAGACUAGAGGAGGAAAAAAUGCGGGAAGAUGCUGAGGAAGUGUCCAGGAAAAGACGUGAAAUGGAAGCACGAGCUGCUGCACGUGCUAAUGCACAAGGUAGAAGAGGUAGCGCAAAAGUCGACCCGUUAAUGACUCAUCAAUUUCAAACUCCUGUAAAUUCAGAUAGCAAUUUAAGCUGUCAGUCUGGUAGUCAGCGUGAGUUCAGCAAUCGAAACAAAAAACAAAGGAAUUAUGCUGCUUUAGCAGGAUUUAGAGAGGUUAGUGAUAGCGAUGAUCUCAGUGAACUCGAUGACAAAGGUGCAGGUCGAAGUGGCUUUUUACAAGAAAGCGAUUAUCCGAGAUCCUUAGAUGACAUCCAUGAACAGAACGAGGAAGACUAUCAGGAACCAGCGUCACCUUUCCGACAAUCUAUCUUAGAUAUGUUACCACCACCUCCAUCUCCUGUCAUCCCUUCUAAUUCCGAGGAAGACAAAUCCAGUCUUAAGUGUGAAUCUCUCAGUGUUGCUAGCAGUAACGAUUUGAAUGCUCUGCGCACAACUGUUGCUAAUGCCUCUAUUAACGACCCACAUACUCAAAAAAUGCUCGAAAUGGAUCCCAUAGAGCUAAGGUUUCGUUCUCCUCCUCUUAUUUUACCAUCAUCAGCGAAUGAUCUUGUGUGUCCUCGUGAGUAUAUUCUCGAUGUCUUAUCUAUAUAUGAAGUACUUCGGCGUUAUGGUUCUUUGCUACGGUUGUCUCCAUUCAGGUUGGAAGACUUUGCAGCUUCUCUUAUAUCUGAUGAAAAUUCCAACUUACUUGCCGAAGCUCAUAUGGUUCUCCUCAAAGCUCUGUUACGCGAAGAUGAAGCUAAUGGAACUGCAAUGUGUCCUGUUGAUUGCAGAGAUUCAGUAAACAUGACGUUUUACUUGCUAGAUCGGUUCACAUGGCCGUACCUACUAGCCAAUUAUUUGUCUAGUAUUAAAUCUACCGAGGCAGCUGCUCGUUUGUCUGCUGCUAAUACAACAACAGCUGCUGGUUCAAUUGGUGGUCCCACUGGAUCAGGUGGAGCGGAUAUAGUGCUUACUGCUGCCUUGUUUCCUCCAGAUCUGAUUCCCUUGAAUCCAGACUAUCCAUUCGUGCCAAUCAAAUCACGCAUCGCUGUUUUGCGUGGUCUUACGAGCUUGUUCCUGGCAACUGGUCCAGUCAGAGGUGAUAUACUUCGGGAGGGUUUAAUGACACACGAAGAUUAUUGUCGUGUUUGUCACCAAAGCGGAGAGGUGUUGUGUUGUGACGGAUGCACGGCUGUAUUUCAUCUACAUUGUUUAAAUCCUCCACUAUCCUCUGUACCAACGACUAGUUGGAUUUGUCCAGUCUGUAUUCGUAAAAGAACUCCAGGUGUAACAGACUGCCUAUCAGAAGCAGAGAAGAGUGGAGUUGCACAUUAUCAAGAACCUAUUGGGAAAGAUCGAGCGGGUCGUUUGUAUUGGUACAUAAGUCGACGUUUAAUUAUUGAACCGGUUGACUUUAGUCAAUGUGAACCACAGUUGAUGGGAUUUCACGAUGGGGUUGUUGAUAGUUCAUGGGAGAUGGAAUAUGGUCGUGAAUUAAUGGAAGAUGAUCCAGAAGUAAAGGAUGAUGAGGAUGAUAUCGACGACAAUAAUAAUGAUGAUAAUAACAAUGUUAAUAGCACAACUGACUCUGCCAAUAACGAUUCUCUCAAUUUAACUUCAAAAGUAUCCUAUUGUGAUAGUAGUCAACCUAUGCCGACGUUUAAUAAACAAAAGAACUAUAAAAAAUAUCAAUGUAAUCCAUCAAUUUCAUAUGCUAAUGAACCAUGCGUUUAUUAUUAUUCGUCCAUUGAACAAGUAAUGUAUAUUCGUGAAUUACUAUCAACUGAAUGGGAACCGUGGCUUUGUUAUCGUUUAGAUGCUUUAUUGCCUAGAAUGCGUAAUGAAAUGGCGAUUACACAGAAACUGACUGAAUCUGGUUUCCUAGAUUUUUGUUCAUCAAGACCAAAUCAUAAAUCAGUUUCAAUUAAUAAUAGUGAUUCAAAUCAAAGUUGCAACUUGACAGCUGAUAGUCCAGACACAGUGUAUGUUUAUUCAGUAUUGGAAGUUGAACGAGCUUCUUUUAAAAAGUCUACUACAUCGAUAAAAACUCACGGUGAAACAUCAGAUUAUCCUAAAACGAGACUUGCUAUCGCAGCUUCUAGUCUACCAUCAGCGGAUGUACCUAUCUUUCCAACUUUACCAAAACAAUUACCGGCUCUUUUGAAUAAACAGCUUUCGGAUCUUUCUGCUUCUCUGAUUGUUACAGACGAGAAUAGUUGUAUUGUGGGUAAUGGAGACCAAGUUAUUACUCAUAUGGUAAAAGAAACUUCUGAUGAUGACGUCGCAACUUAUCCACCGACAAUAUUAGAACCUCAAGAAAUAUCUACCUUACAUAUGCUGAUCGAUCCAGAUUGGUUACCGAAUUCCAAUGAAUGUUGUUUACUAGCCUAUCGUUUUUCAGAUGAAGGAAAUUGGCGAUCAUGGACAAAUUUAUAUACGUCUGGAGUCUGGACUGGAGAAGAGUGUACCGCCAUGCCGGAUAGUCACCGAAAUGAUGAUUUAAGUGAACUUAAAAGAACACCAAGUGGUACAAGGAAUUCAAACGCUGUAAAUAAUAAUAAUAACAAUAAUGGUAAUAACAGUACUGUCACUGCAGAUGAUCUGAUAUCAGAUAGUGUAAAUGUUGCGUUGACACGUGCACAGCAUAUGGAAGAAAAAGAACGUCGACGGUUAUUGUCGAAUAAAUUUAAUGUGAGUGAAUUAUGUACAGAUAUGUGGGCGUAUAUCGAUCCGGUAGAAUUGUCUAAUAAUUUCAAACUCGUCAGAGAUAUGAUGGCUAGUGUUAUUGAAUUACCUCAAUUCAGUGAUUUUGACUUUACUCGAUACGAAUGUUGGCCAGCUAGUCCACACCAACUGUUGAAUUUAUUACGAUUGACACUUUGUCAUUUCGAAUCAAAAAUUCCACUAGCAUUUUACACUCCAGCUUGGCGAGCUCAUCGUACAAAUUGGAUUAAGGAUGUUUUACAUUCUAAGUCUCCAUCUGAUUUAGCAUUUUUGUUGGCCAGAUUAGAAGCAUCCAUUCGUUCUGUAUGUUUCCAACGCGUCUGGUUCAAUUCACUUGGUCAUUUAACUCUAGAACGUAUGACAGCUUCUCAAAGGGAAGAAGAUAAGCGUUUACGACAAUUUGAUCGUUUUAGUUCAACAGUUAAUGGUGGUGUUGGUAGUAGUAAUAUAAAUCCAGCUAAUCUACCAACAAAUCUUAUACGUACAAAAACUCCUCGUCCAGUCAGACAUACUGUUUGGAAGACUCGUGGUGAAGAAUAUCGUCGUUUAGGUGGCGAUGGUUGGAUGUGGCUAAGUGCAACUCGUAGUAAUGCUGGUCGAAUGGCUGAACAUGCUGCACUUAUCCACCCUCCAAUAUCCUCUGGUCGUCAGCUGGAACUAACUGCUACUUUAUCGGGUAAUCGUUUAUUACUUCAUCGUCGUGGUAAUCCACGCGGUCUUCAACACGGAAUUGGGUGGGGUGUUUGUCCUGAGUAUUUACAAGAUCAAAUGCCUGUUAAACCACCAAAAGCAAGCGAAUGUCGUGGACAUGUACUACAUCCAAUUACCGGUAUACCAUUGUAUUUAAAUCCUAAACGAAAUCCUUAUAUUAUUCCAUCUGAUGUAUUAUGUAGCCUAAAUGAACAAAUAUUGAAAUCUUCAACAAACAAUGUUCAAGUGAAUUCAUCGUCAUCCUCAUCUCAUAUUGAUGAUGAUGCUAAAAAGAAGGAUCCAGACUCUGAUAAUAUGAUCACUGUAAAUAAAUAUGAAAAUAAUAUGAAUGAAGAUGUAAUGAAUGAUAAUUUUGAGAAAAAUAAAAUUGAUCAGUUAGAUGGAUUACAUGAAAAUUGUAAUGCAUCAGAAAUCAAAAUAGAACAGAGAAAAGAUUCACUUUCAGGUCAGACAUCAUCUAUCAAUAAUAAUACAAAUGACGGCAAAAUAAUUAAUGAUGACAAUAAGAAUCCAGUGUUAAAUAUUUCUUAUUGCAUUUCCAAUCGAAUUCAUUUCCCUCCACCGAUUGAUAAGGAGCACAGUUAUCCCUCCUCUUCAUCAUCGUUAUCAUCUAGUAAACGACUACGUUUCCGUAUUGAUAACUUACUAGAGCAUCGAUAUAUAGCCGCUGAAAACGAUAAAAAAGCUAGUUUGGCUGCAUUGAAUGCAGUUAGUAAAUUAGAAUCAGAAAUUGAAAACCUAGAAAAACGUCAUAAUGAAGUGGUACAACGUUUGACCACAUUAGGCACGGAAGCGCAACAAGCGCGUACAGCUAAAGCACAAGCUGUAAAAGCUAAACAAACUGCUCUCCUAAUUAAACCAUCACAACCAUCAACAUUAGCGGUAGGUGGUGUUGGUAGUGGUAAUGUUGUGAUGACAAACUCCAGGUUGAUUCAGCUGAAUGAAAAUUCAAAUAAUACUACUAAUACCACUGUUACUACUUUUGGUGGUGGCAAACAAUUGAUACAGCAGUCAGUAUUGACCGAUCAAGGUGUUCGUUACAGAGUACUUGCACCUAGAACCGUUCCUAACAUACAUAUGAAUCAAGUUGCUUUUAAUCCAGUACAAAAGACAGCAUCUACACCUAAUAAUCGUACACCACAACAAACAUAUCGUUCUAAUCAAAAGCGUCGUAUCAAUCGAAAUAGUGAUCUGAGUGAAUCAGACUCUGAUUCUGAUUCAGUUACUGCGAAUACUGGACGAGUCAAUAGUUGGUCAGCUAGAGAAAAUGUACCACUUAGACGUAGUGCUCGAAGAGUAAGAGCUGUACGUCAUGAUCCUGAUUUUGUUGUGGAUUUCGACGAAGAUGACGAUGAAGAUGAUCGGUUAAAUGCAAAAGGUGAUGAUUCUGAUAACUUUGAUCCAAAUGAUGAAAUCCAAGGCAGUUCAAAAAAAUAUUCUAGUCAAAGACGUUCUCAAGUAUCUAUUCAUCUUAAUGCUAGAUCAACAACUCGAAGUUUACCGCAAUACGAUGGAGUUGGUGAUACAACCGAUGAAGAUAUUGAUGAAUAUGAUGAUGAGGAUGCUGUUGACUAUGAUGAAGAAGAAGAAGAUAUCGUUGGUGAUUAUGCUUAUGUUGAUGAAGAUUGUGAUAAUGAUGAUGAUGACGGUGAGUAUUAUUAUGAUAAUGAAGAAUUAGAAGAAGAUGAAGUGGUGGAGGAGGACGAAGAUGAUGACGAUGAAUACUUUCCCGUUUUCUCUAGAAAACAUUUUCACACGGAAUCAAAAAAUCCGGAAAAAUCCCCUGUAUUGUCAAAAGUAGCAGCACCAUGUUCAACAAACUCAUCUAAAUCAGAUACUGUUCCUGUUGUACCGAAAGUUGUGAUAUUGAAAAAUAACACUGCACCAUAUAUUUAUGGAAAUACUGCUACCACUGUUAAGAAUAAGGAUAACACUAAUCCACGAGUACUUUCAAUUCCUCCUAGUACAACAACAACUGGUCAACGUAUUAUUUUGCCUGCUAAACUGAAGACUCCAACUAAUACAAAUGAAAAAUCAGUAUCUAACAACAAGACAGUAUCAUUAGGGAAUGUUAAGGAAGAUACUAUUCUAUCACCAACAAUAGAACCGUUAAAUGUCAAUCAAACUGUGGAUAAUUCAAUUAUUACUAACACUACCGGUCAAAGUGAUCUUGUACCAUCAUCAUCUACGACUGGAUUGAAUUCCUUCGAUAGCAGUGACAUUCAUUUAGUGUUAAAUUCAUCAAGUACAACUGGUUCUAAUAAUGUUACCAUAUCAAAACCAUCGGUUAUAUUGACAACGGCAACAACCUCAUGUGAAUUGAAGCCUGCUAUUACAAACACUCCUCUUGUAUCUAUCUCGGUCGAGAAUGAAACAUCACAACAACCAAUUACUAUAUCUACAACUAACUUACAACAAUGUGGAAUACAACUUACUGAUUUGAUCACUCCUGCUACUGUAUCCAAUACUACUGUCUCAAUCCCUGCUCUAAUCAAUCAACCAGCCACUGUAAAUAUUGCUACUGUUGGAAAGUUGAAACCUCCAUCGGCUAAUUCUGUUCGAUUUAUAAUUGCACCUACAGUUUGUACUACUGCUACUACAACUAGUGAUAGUAGUGGAUCGACAAAUCCUCCAAGUCAAACGCCUACAAUCACUAUAGUUAAAGCAUCAAAUCAGUCAGAUGUUUCCUCAGAUCCUAACGCGGUCACAUCUGCGGUUACAUCAUCAUUUACACCAAUACUGCCUCGUAAACCACCUCCUGCUAUAUUACGACGUACUUUAGCUGCUGCUGGUAGUGGUGGUCCAUCUUCGACUAGUUUAAUUUUACCAGUUAGUUCAUCGAGUGAUUAUCCACAAAUUGUUGGUACACAGCAAUCAUCAUCUCUUCGAACUCCAUCAGUUGCAAGUCUUGUUGCUACAAAUACAGCCCGACAAUUGGUCUGUGGUGGUUUCAAUCGAUACAUAUCAACUGGACCAUCUAUUCGACCAGUGAUAUCUGAUUCACAAGGAAUGUCAGAUCUACAUCAAGGUAGACGUUCAAUAGCUAAAGCUCAACAUAUUCGUCAUAAUUCAUUAAUAGAUGAAGAUCCUCGUUUCAUAAUGAAUAAUAAAUCGAAAGUUUUGAUUUCUGAUUAUAAAGGUUUAGUUAGACAGUUCGAUAGUGGUCCAACUGCUGCUCGAUUACAAACUCCAAUUGUUGAUGAAGCAACUCUGGCUUUAGAUCAUGCUGUGACAGAAGCCAGUUCUAAAUUAGACGCUAUUAAUGCUCAGAUUGCUUCAGUUCGUUCGGAGGCACAGGAAUUAGAAUCGCAAAUUAAUUCGUUAAAAUCAGAACUAGGCAAAUAUCAAGAGAUUGUCAAUCGUGGUUCACCAGUCAUCAGUUCACCGUAUUCAUUAUCACUACGUAACAACGCCGAUUUCGAUUUGAACAACAAAACAUUUGUGAAUAAAUUUUUGCGUAACAAUAACAAGAAAACAACUAAUCAAGCCGGCAAAGAUUAUGGUACUACUACGGAUGCUAUGUUACCACAAAGUUUACCUUAUGUAAAUGAUUAUGCAUGGCCACUUCCAGAUUCCAUGUCGAAAGAUCAAUGUAGUAGCGAACAGACACAAAAUAUGCUUCUUCCCAAAUCAUCUUUAUUCCGAAUAAAUCCUCAUAAUUUACGCCUUGUUAUACUUUCUGCUGGUCGACGUGAAAUUCCUGGAUAUGAUGUUGAAAAGAAGCGACUUUCACAGGUGAACUGGUUAUAUCCUAGUUCAAGGCCUAAUUUUGCAGAAUGCUGGCGUUUUCGUCUUAAUUUGGCUAAUUUUGCUUUACUUUUACGUACAUUAUGGCAUUGUAUUCGAUGGGAUGAUAUAGUGGUUGAACCAGAUAAAGAUAUAUGUGUUCAUGAUUCCAAUGGGCGACCUUGUUUUAAAAAAACUUUAAAUAUUGAUGACGAUGACGACGAUAUUGAUGUUAGUGGUGUUUCAGGCAGAUAUGAGGAUAAUAAGCCUUAUAGCGUAAGGCGUAUAGUUGAAAUUCAACCUGUUGAUCGAUUUUGGCUACAGGCUAAUUAUAAAGUUCGUAUAACUACAACUUAUCCAACCCGUUCGAAUUCUAGCCGCAGGCGUAAAGCUACAGAUCCAUCUAAUAGAGGUCGAUCUACAAGAGGUCCAUCUCUUCAAGAUUCUCCAGAACCUGAUGAGUCAAGUUCUAGGAGAAAAGGGAGACGUGGAGGUCAGAGAAAUGCUCAAGGUGGAAAAGACCCCGAUUACGACCCUGCUGUAGAUGAAGGUUGGCGUGUUGGAGUUCCUUGUUCAAAUAAUUCUAGUCGCCGACAAUCGCGGAGUAAUUUUCGUUCUUAUGGUCGUUCUAGUCGAGGUUCAUUUUGCGAUUCAGAUGAUGAUGGUGACCCAGAAUUCUGUGGUGGACGACGUGGUCUCCAGUCACAGCGUAAUGAAGUGUCAGUUGAGGAAAAGUGGAUGUCUGAAGAUGCAGUGUUUUUGUGGGAAAUUAGUGUUUUCAUGAAUUCUUUACUACCGCCGAAAUCCAAUUAUCCUCCUAUUUCAGACAGUGAUGUUUCAAAGAUUGAUCCUAAUGACAAAACUAGUCAGUAUAUCAUUUCCACUCGGCUAGCUUCGCUCCCUCCAGAUCCAAGUUCAAGUGCUUCAACUUCUGCUACUGUCACUACUACUGAAGUUAAUAAAUCAUUAAUUUCUCCAUCAAAUAUUGAAGGAUAUGUUGAAAAAAAUGGCUUUUUAUAUGAUGGUGGUCAACCUAACGGAUUUCUGUUGAAUAGCUCUUCCUCACGCUCACGUUCUACUUUAGCUUCUGCCCUUCAAUCUGGCCGUAUGUCAGUAAAUUCUAGAAGUCGAAGUGAUGAUCGUUCAGUGAGUAAUAAUAAUAGUAUUCCACGUCCUCUUUCACCGAAUACAUUAGAAGCAAAAGCUAGAGCUCGUUCAAUUGCAGCAACAAAUGCUGCUAGAGCAUCGGUUGCAGCUAGACGUGCAAGAUUUGAACGUGCUUUGUUAGAACAACGUGUACGCUCAUUGAAAUCACAAUUUUGUUCACGUAAACGUUUAAUAUUUAAUUGGGCCAAAUCACUUGCUGAUAUUGCUGUUAAUGAAAUCAAAGGAGCACAACAGAUCUCUAAGGCAGAUAAAUUUAAUGAGAAUUCUUCAAAAAAAUUAGAACAAUCAUCAACACAUCCUCAUCAUCAAACCGGUGAAAAAUUACUGACACAAAAAAGUCGAUCUAAUAUUGUUAAUCAACUCAAUAAAUCAUCAUCAUCCUCAUCAACAUUAAUACCAAAAAAGAAAAUUGGACGUCCUAGUAAAACCAAAAAUGAUACCACCACUACUACUACUGCUAUUACAAAUAAAAAGAAUGAUGUUUAUCAUAAACGUACAAAACGAAAAAUUACUCCGACAUUUUCAUCAUCAUCAUUAUCUUCUAAAUUAUUAGCAAAUAAUCGUAUUCCACGAAAAAGUGCAUUAAAUCAUGAAUUUAUUAAAUUAUCUAAAUCAUAUAAUCAAACUACAAUAAAUCAAUCUCCAAAUAGAACAAACAAUAAAAAUCGUUUAACCAUGAAAUUAUCUCUUAAACAAUCAAAGAAAUUAUUAACAAAUAAUAAUAAAGAUAGUGAUAAUGAUAAGAAUAAUAAUGAUGAUGAUGAUAAUACUACUACUAUUACUACUCAUAGUUCUUGUUCUACUGCAAGUACAUCACCUGGUUUAGGUGAUGAUUAUGGAAAUAAUAUUUGUCAACAGAAAUCAACGGCUUCAACUAAGACCAGUCGUUCAUCUGGUACAAAAACAAAGAGAUUGAAACAUGAGUCUACAAAUUCAGAUGCCAGUGAACACAAUUAUAAUAUUACAGGAUCAAUGAAAUCACCUAAAUCAUCUUCUGUAGGUGAGGGUGGGUCUAAGCGAGGAAGUAGUAGUGCUAGUGGCACUGGACGUAGUAAUAAAGGAGGAGGUCGUGCCAAGUUCUCUGAAAAAUCUGACAAAAAUGAAACACAAAUCGAAUCAAUUACCAAUGUUUUACAGGAUGUAUCUUCUAAUUCUUCAGUGUAUUGUGUUUGUAAAACUCCAUAUAAUCCAUCAAGGGAAUAUAUCGGUUGUGAUCUUUGUCGAGAUUGGUUUCAUUUUGAAUGUGUUGGUUUAGAUCCUAAAGAUUCUGAUAAAUUAGGUGAUUCUUGGCAUUGUCCUGAUUGCAAACAAGCUGAAUUGAAAGCUAAUGAAAUGCUUUAUUGUGUUUGUCGUACACCAUAUGAACCAACGAGAGUAUAUAUUGCUUGUGAUGGUUGCGAUGAAUGGUAUCAUCCUGAAUGCGUUGGUUUAACACCUGAACAAGCUGUUAAUCAUACAGAUACAUAUCUUUGUCCAACUUGUUGUCAACUAUCACAACAUAAAACGAAUACUACUACUAAUACUACUACGAAAUCGUCUGCUAAAUCGAAAAAGUCGAAAGGAUCUAACAAUAACCAUAAUGCAGUUACUGUUGUUGACCAAACUGGUACUACGAAAACUAUUUAUGAAACUAACCUCACUUCAGAUAGAAUAAAGAAAUUAAUUAAUUUAAUUGAAGAAAUUAAACAACAUAAAAUGUCAUGGCCAUUUAUUCAUAGUCCGGAUCCUUUGAAAUUUCCAAUUGCUAGAUCUUUAGAUGAUUCAUUUAAUCUUCCCUCCGUUAUAAUAAAUUUAAAAACAGAUGUUUACAAAACUUUAGGAGAUUUCUCAUUCGACAUGAAUCGUCUAUUCACUAAUUCACGUUUAAUCUAUCCAAAAGAUACACCAGAAUUUAAUUGUACCGAAAUUGUUGAAGCAUUAUUUGUUCAGAAAAUGAAACAAUUCAAAGAAGAGAAUUUAUAAGAAACAAAAGAAGAAUGAAAUAAUACCUAUUUCAUUAAUUGAAUUGAACGCAG